UGACUUAAGACGCCAUUUUGUCAGCCAUUUCCUCCACUGAUCCAUUCCCAGCGUCUCCGCACAGCUCGGGACGCCCCGCUCGGCCCUCAGCAGCUUCGCCAGCCCCGGGCCCGGAGAACCGCCGCGGACCCUGCGAGCACCCGCACCCGGGUGGAUGAGAGACGGUCUGCGAGACCUCCGCCAAGGCCCCCCGGACCCGCAGGACAGAAGCGACCCAAGCCGCUCACAGACAUGGCUUUGAAGAUUGUCAAAGGGAGCAUCGAUCGGAUGUUCGAUAAAAACCUCCAGGAUUUAGUACGUGGCAUCAGGAAUCACAAGGAAGAUGAGGCCAAAUACAUCUCCACGUGCAUCGACGAGAUCAAGCAGGAGCUCAAGCAGGACAACAUCGCCGUCAAAGCCAACGCCGUGUGCAAGCUCACCUAUCUCCAGAUGCUGGGCUACGACGUCAGCUGGGCCGCUUUCAACAUCGUGGAGGUCAUGAGUUCCUCAAAGUUCACCUACAAGAGGAUCGGUUACUUGGCAGCCUCGCAGUGCUUUCACGAGAGCACAGAUGUCAUUAUGCUGACAACCAAUCAGAUCCGGAAGGAUCUGAGUAGUCCCAACCAGUACGACACAGGCGUUGCCCUGACCGGCCUCUCGUGCUUCGUGACCCCCGACCUGGCUCGGGACCUCGCCAACGACAUCAUGACGCUCAUGUCCCACACUAAACCCUACAUCAGGAAAAAAGCCGUGCUGAUCAUGUACAAAGUGUUUUUGAAAUACCCCGAGUCCCUGCGCCCCGCCUUCCCCCGGCUCAAAGAAAAACUGGAAGACCCCGACCCAGGUGUCCAGUCAGCAGCGGUAAACGUCAUCUGCGAGCUGGCCAGGAGAAAUCCCAAGAAUUACCUGUCUCUGGCCCCACUUUUCUUUAAGCUUAUGACCUCUUCUACAAAUAACUGGGUUCUCAUUAAGAUCAUUAAGCUGUUUGGUGCUCUCACACCGCUGGAGCCACGGCUCGGGAAGAAGCUCAUCGAGCCUUUAACUAACCUUAUCCACAGCACCUCUGCCAUGUCUCUGCUGUAUGAAUGUGUCAACACUGUGAUUGCAGUGUUGAUCUCUUUGUCCUCUGGGAUGCCGAACCACAGUGCUAGCAUCCAGCUCUGUGUGCAGAAACUGCGAAUCCUCAUAGAAGACUCGGACCAGAACUUGAAAUACCUGGGCCUGCUGGCCAUGUCAAAGAUCCUGAAGACCCAUCCCAAGUCGGUGCAGUCUCAUAAGGACCUCAUCCUCCAGUGUCUAGAUGACAAGGACGAAUCCAUUCGCCUCAGAGCUCUGGACCUGCUGUAUGGCAUGGUGUCCAAGAAGAACUUGAUGGAGAUUGUCAAGAAGCUGAUGCUGCACGUAGACAAAGCAGAAGGCACCACCUACAGGGAUGAGUUGCUCACAAAGAUCAUCGACAUCUGCAGCCAGAGCAACUACCAGUACAUCACCAACUUUGAAUGGUACAUCAGCAUCCUGGUGGAGCUGACCCGGUUAGAGGGCACGCGGCACGGCCACCUCAUUGCCUCCCAGAUGUUGGACGUGGCCAUCAGGGUCAAAGCCAUCCGGGUGUUUGCCGUCGCCCAGAUGGCCACCCUGCUGGACAACGCCCACCUGCUGACCGGGAACAUGCAGCGAAACGGCAUCUGCGAAGUCCUGUAUGCCGCGGCCUGGAUCUGCGGCGAGUUCUCCGAGCACCUUGAGAACCCCAUGCAGACGCUGGAGGCCAUGCUGCGGCCUAAAGUAGCCACGCUGCCCGGCCACAUCCAGGCCGUGUACGUCCAGAACGCGGCCAAGCUGUUUUCCACCGUGCUGAAGAGCCAGGAGGGGAACACGGACAGCGCGGCUGCGCAGGAAACCAGCCAGCUGAUGAUAGACAGGCUGCCGCUCUUCGUCCAGAGCGCCAACCUGGAGGUGCAGGAGAGGGCGUCCUGCAUCCUGCAGCUGGUCAAGUACAUCCAGAAACUGCAGCAGAAGGAGGUGGAAGUAGCAGAAGAGGUCAGCGCUCUGUUCGCUGGAGAGCUCAACCCCGUCGCCCCCAAGGCGCAGAAGAAAGUUCCUGUUCCUGAAGGCCUGGACCUGGAUGCCUGGAUCAAUGAGCCUCCGUCUGAAAGCGAGUCUGAGGAUGAGCAGCCUAAGGCGAUUUUCACAAAGGAGGAGCCCAAACACUCGCGUCCCCGGCACACAGAGGUGGACGAGAAGGAGCUGGCAAGGAGGAGAGAAGCUAGAAAGCAGGAGCAAGCCAAUAACCCAUUCUACAUCAAGGCCUCUCCAUCCUCUCAAAAGGUGUAUCAGGACGCUCCUGGUGUGGAGCACAUCCCAGUGGUGCAGAUUGACCUCACCGUGCCUCUCAAAGUCCCAGGCUUGCCUAUGUCCGACCAGUACGUGAAGCUGGAGGAGGAGCGUCGGCAGAAGGAGAGGGCAAAGAAGAAGAAGGACAAGAAGAAGAGGAAAGAAAAGCGCAGCGGGCGCGGGCGGAAACACGACUCGGGGCCAGAAAGCGAGGAGGACAUCACACCUGCGCACCUGGUCGACAUAGUGACCGAGGAAAUGCCAGAGAAUGCCUUACCCAGUGACGACGAUGACAAAGAUCCCAACGACCCUCACAAGGCGCUGGAUAUCGACCUGGACAAUUUGGAACUAGCUGGGCGCAGGCCCCUCGCAGACAGCGAGAAGCUGCCUGUCAGGUCACACCGCGCAGCAGAGGCUCUGAAGAGCCCGACAGAGGACGGGGAGAUGGAAAAUGCCUCACAAGAACCCAAGAAGAAGAGCAUCAAAGACAAGAAGAAGAAGGAAAAAGACAGAGAUAGGAAGAAGAGCAAAGAAGAGAAGAAGAAGAAGAAGUACAAGCAUGAAGAGAAGGAGGAGGAUCUUCUCGGGGGUCAGGGCGAUAAGCCGGCUGUCCAAUCAGAAGAGAGCAGAGAGGAGGCAGCCCCGCCCCCCUCUACCACCGCUGAGGACGUAGCCACAGUAGUAGCAGAAGCGGCCCCAGUGCCCGAGGCCCCCUCUGGGACGGUGCCAGACUCCGAGCCCGACGAGCCCAAAGACGCGGAGACGGAGGAGCCUAAGUCCUCCAAACACAAGAAGAAGAAGCAGAAAAAGGAGAAAGAGGACAAAAAGAAGAAAAAGAAGCAUCAUCACCAUCACCACCACAGUGACGGAGGAGAGGAGUCGGUGCAGAAUGGCACCGUGGAGGAAGAGGAGCCCCUACCGCCCAUGUCCAAUUACUGCCUGCUGGCCGAGAACUCCUACAUCAAGAUGGUGUACGACAUCCAGGGAAACCUGCAGGAUGGCAGUCAGGUGGUGGUGUCGGUCAUCUUCGAAAACAAGUGUGACAGCUUCCUAAAAUCCAUGGAGUUCAACGUCCUGGAUUCUCUGAACUCCAAGCUGCAGAGGCCUGAAGGCUCGGGUCCCCACGACGGCCUCACUGUCCCCUUCCAACUUCCUCCUGGGGUGUCCAAUGAGGCGCGGUUUGUCUUCACUGUGCAAAGCAUCGUCAUGCCACAGAAACUGAAGGGGACUCUUGCCUUCAUUGUCAAGAAUGAAGACUCCUCCACACAUGAAAAACUGGACUUCAAACUGCACUUUACCUGCACCUCCUACCUAAUCACUACUCCUUGUUACAGGUCGGUGAUGCGAUUUGAUGCAUUUGCAAAGCUGUUGGAGUCGGGAGACCUGAAGAGCAGCUCCCUCAAACUGGAAGGCAUUAUCAUGCCCUUUCACCAUCUACUGGCCAGGAUCUGCUUCCACCACCACUUCUCUGUUGUGGAGCGGAUCGACUCCUGUGCCUCAAUGUAUAGCAGGUCUAUUCAGGGUCACCAUGUCUGUCUGCUGGUCAAAACUUCUGGUCAGACGGUGUCCAUUGACGCUAAGUGCGACGAGCCGACGCUGCUUGGGAAUGUGCUGGAUGAGAUCAAGCAGACCUUUUCUCAGUGCUGAUUGUGUCCGACAGCCCCAGGGUGCCCCCCCGACCCCUCCACGCCACCCACCUUCCCACCGAAACACAACACGAUCAUGUUACGAAACACUGCGAGUACUUCCAGCGUCGCCCUAUUUAUUAGUCCUCGGAUUCGCAAGAUUCCCCUCCUCUUACUUCUACUUCAGCGCCCCACACUUUGUUCUUCCUCUGCACUCUGAGCAUUACGGUCACUCCUUCAUACUUGAUGUUGUUUUUACAAACUCUCUGUGUGCGUGCUACAUCUUCUGCACUUUGAUUUUUUUUUUUUUUCCCUUCCUCCCUGUUCGCAGCUCUGCCCUGAGCUUCUCUUUUCAGGAUGCCUCCUGCAUUACCUUUUCCAGCCUCCACUGUUGGCAAAUCCGUCUGUAACAGUCAUGUAUUGUAAUGUUGACAACUGGAGUUCAGUAUAUGUGUUUUUUCUUUCUUUGUAAAGCCUGUUUGCACCUUUGCCUCACCUUACCCCUCCGCUUACUAAAGGUUAGUGCUGCCCAUCUCCAAAGGCCUGGAAAAAAUAGACUUUUUUCCCAUACUGGUCCUAUUUGGGGGGGGGGGAAAAAAGGGUCCCCAAACUGUUUUUUUUUUUUUUUUCUUUUCCCCCCUACUGCUGACCCGCGGCCUGGAGAAAGCCGGGCUCUGGACAGCUCCAUUGACCAUAGACGAAACCAAAGGUAGAUACACUAAAAGGCAGGGGGCUUACGCUGGUAAACCGCCCUUCCCCCUUCCUCACCUUUUGGCGAGGCUCAGAGCAGAUAUGCCGGUGUUAGUUAAAUAGAAAUGUUUUCGUAUGGCGCUACUGAUGGUACAGUGGUUCAGUGAUUUUUGCUCUGUGCCUUAGCCAUGAAGUCUGACCCAUCCCAGCACUUAAGAGUUUUAGAGUCCCAAUAUGUGCUUUCUGAUCAAGUUAUGCUAAGCUGACAAAUGACCCCCCCCAAGACUUUGAACAUACCAUUCCUUAAACAAAUAAAGAAAUAAAAAAAAUGAAGGUGGGGGAGUAAUUGCACGAAUCAAACAAGAGUGUUAGACGUACAGUGUUAUUUCUGUUUAGGUUGAGGAUGGAUUCAUGUCGGGUCAAGGAUCCUCAUAUUCUCCUCAUUCUUGGUUCCGUGAAGGCACUUUGGUGCAGGAGACUCUAACAACUGUUACCUCUCGAGAAACGCAAUGGCAGAAUAAUCUAGCAUAAAGAGAGCUCGCCACUUCACAUCAGUGCUCCCUGAGCUCUCUGAAAAUAGGGGUUCCGCACUAGUAGAGCAACCCUCCACAGCCACUCUUAUCAGAUUGGAGUUCCUUCUAUUUCCAGACUGUUUAUGCUUCAUUUUGAGUCAGUGAGUUGAUUUGGGUUCCACUAGUAAAAAGCCUCUUCUUUCUCGUUCUUUGAAAUCCCUCAAACUUUUACACCGGUGUUGCUUUACACCCGCCCCACCCAGGUGACGAGGACCUAUGUAAACCCCUUUGUUUCUCCGCCCUUCAGAAACUGCCUUGCCUUUUUUUUUCUUUUUUUCUUUUCCUUUCUUGUGCAUUAACAAGUCAUGAUGAACAUUGAAGGUCUUUUGGUUCAUGUUUGAAGUCAUUGCCCUGUCCACCCAACCUCGUAGUAGCAAGAUAAAAACUGACUCGGUAGCGUCUCUGUUCAUAUAUACUGGUAAGGCCCCUUUACAUAUGUCUGCUAUUGUAGAUAACUGUGAUAAUUUUGUCUGUGACCAGAAGGUCAGGUCAGCCAUUCCACUUGAUAUUCGGUCUAGUAGAAGAGUCUGAAUACAGAAGUGAUCAGUUGUUUUUCAGGAAUGUCAAUAGAAGAUAAUUAUGUAUGUAUCCCUUGUUUGAAAAGAUGACUGAUAUCAGUGACUCCCAGUAUCAACUCGCCUAAUUAUCCAUUGUCCUUACUCUGAUCAUUCUGUGCAUACUACUAGAUUAAAAUUUGUAUAUUGCAUGAUUAGGAAUGUACAAUUUUUAUUUCCCUGUUCUGUUUUAUUUUGGACUUAAACAUUUUUCAUUCCAAAUUGUCCUUUUUCUUCUCUUUCUUUUUUUUUUUCAACCCUCAAUUUUUUUAUAAAGUCUAUUUGUCCAUUCU